UUCACUAAAUUGCAACCUCCUGAAAGCUAAAAAUGGUGAUUGUGACCGUUCAAGACGCCGCAUGGCAAGAAAUCGUGAGCGUCGGAGGAGCCAGCGCCAUUUCGGUGACAAUCACAGAAAUCCUGCGACUUUCGGGGAUCGCUUCUCCAAAAGUCAUGAUGGCCGUGAACCUUGUCAUCAUGAUUCUAAACAUGUAUUGGCAGUACGUGGACAAUGGGGGAUUGGAACAGUGGACCGUCCCGCGACAAUUGAGUCGCCUCGGCGUCAACGCCACCGUGUUCUUUGUCGGGUUAGGAUUGUACGGCUUAUUUCUUGGAUACUACGGAAUCACCAAUGAAGCCGAGAUGUCCAAACAUUUGCACAUCGUGGCCUCCGACGCCUCUGCCAUCAACGGUUUUCUCGCCUUUUUAGCUUCCUCCACGGUUUACGCCGUCAAUCGAGCCGUCUUCAACUUUAUCCUGCUUUUGGUUGCAAUCGGCAAGAAAUUUUUCGAAUGAUAAGUACAAAAGUA